GUGCACGAUGCUAAGCAUAACCUCACUCCAACACAGCCACACAACACUAUCUCUUCGGUAGUACAAUCAGAGCCUCCCAGUUAGCAAUGGCGAAGUGUCUCGCCGCCGCGCUCCUGCUACUGGUGGUGCUCGCCUCCUGCGACGGGAGGGAGCUGAACGAGAAGGUUGCAGCGGCACGCGGUGCCGGCGUCGGCGAGUCCAAGGCGAUGGGGUUGCCGGACUUGCCAGCUGUGACGCUCCCCACGGCCCCGACGCUCCCGACGCUCCCCACGGCCCCGACGCUCCCCACACUCCCGACGCUCCCGACGCUCCCGACGCUCCCGCUGGUGGGAACCAUUACCGGUACCAGUACAAUUACCGGCCCGGUGGUGGCGCUUCCGGCGAUCCCUGCUCACCCUUGAUUAUCUCAACCUGUACCUAGCUACUGGCACUGUCCGGAGGGAAAAACAUCGGCGUUGCUCAUGUCCAUGUUCCUUCCUUGAUGAGCGUCUGUAUUUAUCUCCAGUUCAUUUUCUUGUAUUUUUCGUUCCUUGAUGUGCUACAUGUAUCAUGGGCGUAACAAAUACUACUUUAUCA